GUGAUAUGUGGCAUAAACAUUAGAAUUUAUAUGAUGAACGUAUUUUUACUUGUAAACUUAAUUUUAUUUGUGGAUUUUAUUGAAACUAAAGUUUAUUCUUCCAACAUUACUGAUGAAGAACUACGCACCUGCACAACUUACUAUUCCCGUUCAGGAAGCAUCUACAAAGACUUUUUCUCCAUAAAAAAUCCUCCGACAGAAAACGACACCCUCCUCCUCGAUUUUCAUUUUUCUGUUUUGGCGGCCAGCGAUGCUCACAUUCUAUUAGCCGCCUCAGAAUCCGUCUCUAGAACAGAUCCGGUGUAUGAGGUCGUAAUAGGCGCUGGAGGAAAUACUUUUUGUGACAUAAGAAGACAACAAAAAGCUGCUGUCAAAAGUUCAAUAAGAAGAAAUGGUUUAUUAUCGGCCGUUGAUGUUAAGACCUUUUGGUUACAUAUAACGAAGGAUGGUAUUAUAGAAGUUGGAGUCGAAGGUGAAGAAUUGCCUUUUAUAUCAUGGAUAGAUGCAGAUCCACUACCAAUAACAGUAUUCAGUUUUAGCACUUGGUCUGGGAUAGAAGCCAAAUGGUACUUUGAUUGUCAAAGAGAUCAGGAUACAAAUGAACGUUAUGAGAGAAUAAAGCACAAAAUGACUUCUUUGGAAAAAUUAAGGCAAGACCUUUUAAAUCAUUACGAUCCCUACGUAAGGCCUGUGCAAAAUCAUUCAUCAUUUACUGAUGUUAACAUGUCUUUAAAUACAAAUUAUGUUAAUUUGAAUCCAAAGAAAGGGAUUGUUGAAAUUAAAGGGGAAUCACAAGUGUCAUGGGCUGAUGAAAAAUUGGUUUGGGAUCCAAUUAAUUAUGAUGGCAUUGAGGAUUUACAUAUUUUUAGACGUGAAAUAUGGCAACCCGAUAUUGUUUUAUACAAUUCUGUCGAAAAUAUGAGAAACAUAAUUGACGAUACAUUACUGGUAGUCAAAUUCGAUGGUAUAGUCCAAUGGAACGCUUCAAUAACACUAAAAGCUUGGUGCGAUGCCUAUAACAUGGAUAAUUGGCCCAGGGACUCCCACACUUGUAGUUUCAUGAUGGGAUUUUUAACUGAAUUCGACAAAAUGACCCUGAGGUUUGACUAUAACGCAAGCAAAAUUGGUUAUCUACCAAAUUCGGAAUGGACGAUAUCUUCAGUUGACGUUUUGACUCAAGUAGGGUGGGAGAAAAAACUCUUUGAUCCUCCUGUUUUACAGUUAACGGUAGAUUUAAAAAGAGCUAGUGAGGCUUAUAACUGCAUAUUUUUUACACCAUACAUAAUUGUUGCAGUUUCUAUAUUAUUAACAUUUUGGUCUUCACCUUUUGGAACAAUUAAAAUAUCGCUAGGAUGUAUGGAAUUAUUGAUAUCUUCCGUUAUGCUUAUUGUAUUGGGACAAACUAUACCUAGCCAUUCCAAAAACGUGCCAUUUUUAGUGCAACUGUACAGUUUCAGUCUUCUUGGAUCGGUGAUAUCAAUACUUCUCUCAAUUAUUGUUAUAAAUUUAUGCAGAAAUAAACAAUCGAAGUCUCUACCACAUUUCGUUGUUUGGAUGUUAACUUCCCGAUUUAUGAAGAUAUCAUUUUGUUUGUGCAUACCAACUAAAAAGUCAAAUGAUGAAUACGACAAACUUCAAGGGUACAAAAACUCGAAGAACAUUCAAGAGCUCUGGAUUCUAUUGGCUGUAACAAUAGAUCGCAUAUGUUUCCUGAUUUAUCUUCCAAUUGUGAUUUACUCUGUAGUUAUAAACUAUUUAAAAUAAAUGUCGGGCUAACCAAUACCAUACAGU